AUGGAAAUUAUUCAAACGUUAAUUAAUGAACAUAUUGAAGAUAUAACAGUAUCUCCUAGUAUUGGAUUUGUUUGUCAAUUGUUUGUUACUGCAGGACCUUCUUCUGAAUGUUAUGGAUCAGAUUUAGUAAAUUUAGCAUCGAAUUUGUUGGAUAAAGAGAUAACUGAAAAUGAUGGACUCCAUAUUCUACAAACUGUUGUUAAAAUAUUCGGUAGCGCUUCUACAGAAAUAAUUCAGUUUACUUCUAACAUUGUUUUUGAGAAUAUCAGAGAUUCUGAUAAUACUGAACAUUUGCAGAUCCUUCUACAAAUUGCAAAUUCUAUAAUUCCUUAUUUAGAAGAUGAAAAUGCUUUGAAUUUUGUUUUGGAAACUACUUUGGAGUAUUUGGCAUCGAAUUCUAUAACAAAGAUUGAACAUUUUUACUAUUAUAAUAUACUUGCAGCUAUAAAUAAUAAGAUUCCUGACUUAAUUAAACAAAAUGCAACAGCAAUAAUAGAAAACAACAUUUUUAUAGAGUCAGGAAAGAAAACAAAUGAAUACUCUCAGGCAAGGUUGUGUUUGACAUGCGCUGCUGCUUAUGAAAAUGAGGAAGAAAAUCCUUUACUUUCUAGAUGGUUGUGUUCGAUUUUCCACCUCUUGGAUAAUCAUUUCGCAGUUCAUCCUGAAGCAGGAACUCUCUGUUUAUCUGCUAUUGAACUUAUUGCUGCAAAAUGUCCUUCAAGAAUGGAAACAAUUUACAAAUAUCCUUUGAACUCCCCAAGAUACAAAAAACUUGAGUCUCUUUUGAAUAAUGAGGAAAAACAAAAGUUACAUGAAAUGGUUCCCCCUCUAUAA